UUCCUACCCUCGUAGUCCCGUUCGCUUCUCCCAUUCACGACCACUAACCCUCGGUACACCUCAAUUCCCUCUUCUCCUCAAGGCAUAUCCAGCCUCCUCUCCUAUCAACAUGGCUUCCAUCAUUACCGCCGUCAUUCUACUACUCCUUACGAGCAGCAAACAUGUCACAGCUCAAGUCGAUCCCACCUUCGCAGCGAGCCACUCCUGCAACGCCACAUGCCAGGCAUACACCGACACUGGUCUAGCAUUCGAAGCCAGCCAGCAUGCCACAGCCAACGACCCUUUCUACACAGUCUCAUCCAACUUCACAUCUGACUCCCAGCCCGGCACCAUCCUCUCCAUAGAAGCAGUCACCAACCUAACGAACUACACCGUCCCCUCAGGGCUCACCAUGUCCCGCUUCCAAUACACAACGACCAACCUCAACGGUACAGCGAUUCCAGCAUCAGCGUACGUCCUCUGGCCUUAUACGCCGUACACGCCCAAGAACUCAAACUCCACCAAAAUCCCCAUGGUAGCAUGGGCACACGGAACCACCGGCUCAGGGGCUCUCUGUGCCCCAUCCAACUACCAGGCCCUGCAAUAUAACUUCAUCGUGCCCUUCCCUCUAGCUUUGGCGGGUUUCGCAGUCGUGGCUCCCGACUACGCCGGUCUAGGAGUCAGCCACUUCGCCAACGGCACCCGCAUCCCACACGCCUGGGUCUCGUCUCCGUCUCAAGCCAACGACCUCGCGAACGCCGUCCUCGCAGCCCGCUCCGCCUUCCCCAGUUUGUCCCAAGAUUUCGUCGUCAUGGGCCACUCGCAAGGCGGCGCCGCGUCCUACGCCUACGCACAACGACAGGCCCACUCCCCUGUCUCGGGAUACCUCGGCACAAUCUCCAUCGGAUCACUCUCCACGCCAAUCAAGCAAGUCGAAGCAGCGUUCGUGAAUCCCCUAGACACGUCCCUCCAGACGAGCUUCAGCUACCAGGACAUGCUGAUCGCCGCAGUCACAGCAGAUUACCCGGCGUACAACUACAGUGGCUUCACCGACCUGGGUCUCAAGAGAUGGCAAAUCCUCAUGGAAUACGGUGGAUGUCUGCCGACCUCGAGCCUGUUGUUUGCCGACGUGAACCUGGUGACGAUGAUAGGUAAGCCAGGAUGGUACCAAGAUUCCACGGUCCAAACUUGGGCCGCGAGGAUAUCGGGCGGUGGGAAACCGCUGGUAGGCCCUUUGCUGGUGAUUGCAGGAGAGGACGACAAAGCCGUGCCGCUUGAGACCGUGGAGGCGGCGUUCAACGCCAGUAGUGCUUUGGCGGCAAAUGCAAAUCAGAGCAUGGAACUCGCGGUCUAUCAGGGACUAGACCACUUCCCGACCAUUGAUGGCUCGCAUGCAAAAUGGAUGGACUGGAUCAAGGCGAGGUUCGAUGGGGAGGUUAUUACGAGCAAAGAACUACAUACGUCGACUUUCAUCCAGGGUCCACGACUUGCUGGGACAAAGCAGAGUACUUUGCCGAAUUGGCUGGUGCAAUUACCUGGACCGCUUGAUGUUUGGAAAACGGCACUUUAAAGUCGGACCACCAUGGUAAGUUACGACGUGGGAGUGGCAGCGGCAUUUUGGACAGUGACGACUUAGGUCGUGGGUGUACCAAAAUAUAAAUACUAUAUCCUGAGCGAGGCUCACGGUGCAAACCACAAGGGAUAGUCCGUCCAUGCAUAGUGUGCCUUGAUAAGCAUAAAGGUAUCCUCUAGAUCCCACCUGCUGAUUCUGCCCCAUCUAUCAUUACUCGCAUCGUGCAGAGGCCUGGAUUGAUCUCCAGCCUCAGUGGCUUUGCAAGAGUCGGCUCUGAUCGUGGCCGUUACUUGACAAUCCAAUGUUCCGUCAUCAAAAUAGGGUCGUCGACAUCGUCCGCCCUGUAUCUACUUCCAGAGGUGGGGAUUGUCUCGCCGUGACCA